CGUUAUGUAGGGGCAGACACCGGUGGAAAAGGACUAAUUGUCUAUAUGUUUUGACAAGAAACCUGACAGGGAAGUAUGACUAUGACCUGGUGGUUAUUGGUGGUGGUUCAGGUGGGCUUGCCUGCUCCAAAGAAGCGGCACAGUUGGGACAGAAGGUUGCUGUUUUGGAUUAUGUGGAGCCAUCUGUAAAAGGCACCAAGUGGGGUCUCGGUGGUACAUGUGUGAAUGUUGGCUGCAUUCCUAAGAAGCUCAUGCACCAGGCAGCUCUUCUGGGCACUGCGGUCAAGGAUGCUAAGAAGUACGGCUGGCAGAUCUCAGGGCCAGUCUCACAUGACUGGGCCACCAUGGCAGAAGCCAUUCAAAACCAUGUCAGGUCUCUGAACUGGGGUCACAGAGUUCAGCUCCAGGACAAGAAGGUGAAGUAUCUGAACAUUAAAGGAAGUCUUCUGGAUGAACACACUGUUAAAGGACUAACCAAAGCAGGAAAAGAGACGAUCCUCACUGCCAAGAACAUCGUGAUCGCCACAGGUGGGCGGCCUAAGUACCCCACAAAUAUCCCUGGAGCGAUGGAGCAUGGCAUCACCAGUGAUGACAUAUUCUGGCUGAAAAAAUCACCUGGAAAAACACUUGUGGUUGGAGCCAGCUAUGUAGCUCUGGAGUGUGCGGGCUUCCUCACAGGCAUCGGCUUGGACACCACAGUGAUGGUUCGCAGCAUCGCCCUCCGGGGGUUUGAUCAGCAAAUAGCAGGUCUAGUGACAGACUACAUGGAGACUUAUGGGACUAAGUUUGCAUGGAAGUGUGCCCCAAAGAGAGUGGACAAGCUCUCCUCAGGAGCCUUGCAGGUGACCUGGACGGACACCCAGACAGGCAGCGAGCACAAAGACACCUACGACUCUGUACUAUGGGCAGUUGGUAGAGCCCCUGAAACCAAAGCCCUGGGCCUCGACAAGCUCGGCAUGCAACUCAACAAUGAGACGGGGAAAAUAGUUUUGGGUGCUGACGAAUCCACCUCGGUACCAAACAUCUACGCUUUCGGUGACAUCGGUGAGGGUUGUCCUGAAUUGACCCCAACAGCCAUUAAAGCAGGAAAGCUUCUCGCCCGCAGACUAGCUGGUCAGAGCACUGAGCUGAUGAACUACGACAAUGUGCCUACCACAGUGUUCACCCCUCUCGAAUACGGUUGUGUAGGUCUGUCUGAGGAGGAGGCCGAGAAGAGACAUGGAAAAGAUGGCAUAGAGGUCUACCAUGCUUUCUACAAGCCUCUGGAAUUCACUGUUGCAGAGCGUGACGCCAGCCAGUGUUACAUAAAGGUGGUUUGUGAGAGGGCUGGAGAUCAGAAGAUCCUGGGUCUGCAUUUCACUGGUCCGAAUGCUGGAGAGGUCACACAGGGCUUUGCUAUGGGCUUCCAGUGUGGGGCAACAUAUUCCCACCUGUUGCAGACAGUAGGCAUCCACCCAACCUGUGCCGAGGAGGUGGUCAAGGUCAACAUCACGAAGCGCUCUGGCUUGGAUGCCACGGUCACUGGCUGCUGAGGUUAAGCGCCUUGGUCUCUGAACUCUAUUGAGCACACAGGGUCCCUCAGUGAAAGAAGUAGAAAGAUUUUAAUCUGGGUUUAUCCUGCUCUCUCUCCUUGUCUCUCUCUCUCUCUCUAAUGUGGCCUUGAAAUGCCUCCAGUUUUACAGAGAGUGCAGUAAGAGAAUAAGAGACUCUGCAGUAAGUCUCAUCUUAGGCCGGUCAUGGAAGUAAUCACUGGCUGCCCAGGUUAGUGUCACUGACAUGUCAUAUCAUAAUUAAGACUAUGAUUAUCCCACAUACAUACAUGUUGUGUGUAUGCUUUGAAAGCACAUGGCUACAGAUCAGGUUAGUGAGAGCCUUGGCCGCAGAGUGAGCUUCUUUUACAUAAACAGGCUCAUCAAUCAGGAUUAAGACCCGCACUCAGGGUUUUGUUGAAACCAUACGAGAAAUGUGGAGAGAGCCUUAACGUUUUUCUGAAUAUAUAUUCUACAAAUAUUGUUGUUUCUCUGGCUGUACUUCCUGUCCAUUAGUCUUGGAGGUGACACAUACCAUACACCCCCCACACCUCCACCCCCACAAUGACACUGAUGGAUGGCCCCAGAGCCGUCGCCGCAGCGACACCGCCCCAUUUCCCAUGGACACACACAAACAGUCGGCAGGCAGCCUGUCAGUCAGCCAGGAAGGACCUGGGCCAGGGAGCCCCGGCUUGUUCAGGGCCAGGCAGAGUCCAACAGACCCUGAACCCCUUUCUCUUUCUUCCAUGCCCCUCACCAUCCCAAUUCAUGAAGGAAUGCAGUGGGGCUACAAACAUGUGCUGUCAAAAGCUGUGUGGAUGCCAUAGCCCAGGCACAGAGCAACCCUAUCUAUUGAUAACAGUACUGUGAGAGGUCUAUUACAGCUGUACUACUCAGCCUCACCCAAAGGUGGCACUAUUACCCUCCAAUUCCCCCCUUUUUCCUGAGCCAAGAGUGGAGUGCAGGAUAAAUUAGUCGCUGGAUAAAACAUAAGCCUGAAUACAUUCAGGUGGCACAUUUAAUCCCUUUAAUCCCUAUAAAAGAAAUGUGUUUUUGGAUGAAGCUGGAAAGCAGACUGGCUUUAUUGGUGCCAAACUGAUAAGGGUUAUCUGUUGUGUAUUUACAUGGAUGGCCGGUUAGGCCUCAAGAGUCAUCACAAUCGAAGAUAAGGCAAGUUGUUUAUAUCAGUAAAGCAGUAAUAGACCCCCAGAGUUUGCCAAAGUGCUCAAAUAUUCAUGCAGCUGCCUAUACUGGACAUCUUGGCUUUAUUAGAUAGAGGAGGAGGAGGACUGUCAAUAAACGUGGGUGAAUUUGGGGGAACUAAGAGGAGGUUGGUGGUUGUAGUUUAUUUUUAUUUGAAGUCUAAUCUGCCCAGUCUGAUUAAUGAUUUCGAUGAGGGGAGUGACAGCGUGCCAGGAGAUGGAGAGAGGAAAAGAGAGAGAGAGCUACCAGGUUUAUUUGGACCUGGGCUGGAGGAGAGAGCUGAGUUUCAGCUCUGGUUAGGGAGGGAUGGGGGAUUCCUGUGUGCUCUAUUCAGGGCCGAGGUGCUGACUGAAGGACCCUGACCUCCGCUCAGCAGGAACAGCUUGACUCUAUCACUCGGAGCACAGAGGGCUCACAUGCUGCGGUGCUGCGCAGCAGGGGUCUGGGGGGCUCGGUUGAGGGGGGAGUAGGAUGGCCAAGGGACGGACAGAACGAACCAACCAUCCAACCAGCCAACCAACACAACUACCGAGCGGUAGUGGCAUGUUUGCCCAGGGUAAUUGAGUCGAUGUUCCUGAGCUUAACGAGCCACUUCAGAGACCCCAGGGUGGGCCCAAGGCAACGUGAGGGAAGUCAUUGAGGCCGUCAGAGGAACUGUAAUGUCUGUUUGCUUUUUACCCUCCACUUCCCUCCUGCUUUGUCUCAUCUGCUCUGUUAUUUUAUUCACAGUAUGGCUGCUCACACGCACAAAAUGAAAUAGUAUUUAUUUUUUUAUGACAUAUCUGUCUGAUUUGAAUCAUUUCUGAGUGUUUUUUCAAGUGUUGUUGAUCAGUUACUCCAGGCUCAAGACUUCUACACCAGUUUGCCUCACCUGUGUCCCGGGGGGGUCAGGGUUCAACUUUCAGGUUGGCCAGCUAAUGAUGACCUGCACUAAAACCCAAAACUGGGGAGUGCAGGCCUGAUGUCACCUGGCCACAGACUUUAGUAGUUGUAAAUAGAGAAGUGUAAUUUUCUGUUAAAGCUUUGUAAUAAAUAAUUUAUAUGUAAAGUAAUAACACGCUGGAAUGCACAGUGUCACCAUUA